GAUGAUAAUUUUGAUACUUGUAUCAGUUAUAUAUGGGCAAUUGGAAUAGUUGCGAGAAACAGAAUUAGGAUCAACAUUAUUAGAAACAGUUUAACUACAUAUUUAAGCAGAUGAACCAACUGGAGAUUUAUUGUAAUUAUUGAAUGGAAUUAAUGGUAAUAAUAAUUGAUAUAAAUACUCAGAGAAAUUAGUAAAAUAAAGAAGCAAUAUGAAUAAACUCUAAAAAUAGAAAUUAGAUGAGUGCAUGUAAAAUGUUGAAUCGUAUGAGGAAUUAAUUGCAAAACUAAAAGAGAAUAAAGUAGAUUUGAAAAUAAUCAAUAGUAUGAUGUUAGGGAAGAAAUAUAUGCGCAUAAGCCUCACAUUGAAUAGUAUUAACAUAUGAUGAUAACCAAAAAUAAAGAGAAGGAACUAUUACUAAAGAAUAUAGAGAUUUGUUAAAAUAGAGAAAAUUAACAAAAAGAAUAAUAUCAUAAAUUAACAUUAUAAUUAUAAGAAAGGAGAUAUGAUUAUGUGAAUCAAAAGUAAUAUUUAUCAUAUUCUUAAGUUUAGAAAUCCAUUAUCUCUUAAAAUUGAUUAAUAAAGUUUAAAACCAUUGUUAAAUGAUUUGAUUGAUUUCACUACAGAUAUGAUGUCAUUAGAAGACAAGUAUUUUGAUGAAAAAGAACAAUAAACAACAAAUUUAAUUUCAUUAUAUUAAUCAUAAUUAGAUAAUGUCAUAAACUUUUUGAAUGAAAUAAAAGAGAACAUAGAUGAAACAGAACAUCUUGUUAAAUAAUUAGAAUUGGAAUAUAAUGAAAUCAAUCAUAGAAUUAAUGUACUCAUCAAUUUAUAUUAGUUAAAACAAGAAUAAGUUAAUGAUAUCAAGCAAGAGUGCAAAAACAUAUUUUAAUAAACUAAACAUCAAUCAUAACACAUCUCAAAUGAAAUUGAAGUUGUUAAUACAAUAAUCUAACUAAUUGAACACAAUUUUGGAUGGUUACGUUCAUAAUUAGGAUUAUGA